AUUUUGUAUAUUUUAAAUCUUAGGCCUACCACAGUUCUUGGGCAUCUCUGAACCGUGUCUCUGUGAUUUAUCUGGUUAUGGACACUAAGCGGACCCUUUUAUUUUUUUAACCAGCUCGAGACAUAUUUAAACUAACCUAAAGUCUGACAGAGAGCUCUGAGGAAUCACUAGUUAGUGAAUAAAGGCAGACUAAAACGCACACGCACAAAAAAAUGAUAAUUUCUUGGUUUAGUUUAAUUUUGAAAGGGCUGACCGGAUGUUGCCUUUUCUGUUAGUUUUAUUUUGAAAGGACUGAGCGGAAUUCAUUUCUUCACACAACUCCCAUGAUGCUCCGCGCUGAUCUUGUCACGUGUUACUUCUUAACCAAUCGCGUCGUUCAUUGCGCCUUUACUCUGCAGCUAUUGGUGAAGCAGAAUUUAAAACUGAACGGAGUUUGUCGUCGAGCGCCACAGAGAAGUUCAUUUAUUAUUGUCGGAGGAGGAACUUGAGUCUAAAUAAAUUAUUUUAUUCAAAGUAUUAAGGUUAUUUACCCUUCAACACAGUGGAGCGCAAAUCGUCUUACGGCGUCAUCGACUGCGAUCAGAACAGGAAGGAGGUGGUUGUGAGGACAGGAGGCGUGAAUGACAAAGCCUCACGGAAAACUUAUACUUAUGAUAUGGUUUUUGGUCCAGCCGCCAAGCAGAUCGACGUCUACAGGAGCGUUGUUUGUCCCAUUCUGGAUGAAGUCAUUAUGGGAUACAACUGCACUGUCUUUGCGACCCACUGGCCGGUAUCAUCCCUCGGACUCUCCACCAGAUCUUUGAGAAACUUACUGAGAACGGCACCGAGUUCUCCGUCAAAGUCUCCCUGCUGGAGAUCUACAACGAAGAGUUGUUUGAUCUCCUCAGCCCCACUGAGGACGUCAGCGAGCGACUGCAGCUGUUUGACGACCCCAGAAACAAGCGAGGCGUGCUAGUCAGGGGUCUGGAGGAGGUGGCGGUCCACAACAAAAACGAAGUGUAUCAGAUCCUAGAGCGAGGAKCAGCCAGGAGGAGGACAGCCUCCACACUCAUGAACUCCUACUCCAGUCGCUCCCACUCUGUGUUCUCUGUAACCAUCCACAUGAAGGAGAUCACUCUGGAUGGAGAGGAGCUGGUCAAGAUUGGAAAACUAAAUCUGGUGGAUCUUGCUGGAAGUGAGAACAUCGGACGUUCAGGUGCUGUGGACAAACGGGCUCGUGAGGCAGGAAACAUCAACCAGUCUUUGCUGACCCUGGGUCGUGUGAUCACAGCUCUGGUGGAGAAGAGACCACAUGUCCCGUACAGGGAGUCCAAACUGACCAGAAUCCUCCAGGACUCUCUGGGAGGACGUACAAAAACCUCCAUCAUUGCCACUGUGUCUCCUUCCUCCAGCAACCUGGAAGAAACUUUGAGCACACUGGAUUACGCCAGCAGAGCCAAGAACAUCAUGAACAAACCUGAAGUCAACCAGAAACUCACAAAGAGGACUCUUAUUAAGGAAUACACAGAGGAGAUCGAGCGUCUAAAGCGCGACCUGGCUUGUGCCAGAGAAAAGAACGGAGUUUUUAUGUCUUCUGAAAACUACGAGAGCAUGAUGACUCAGAUAAGCGCUCACGAGGAGCAGAUCUCAGAAUACAUGGAGAAGAUCGCCGUCACGGAGGAAGAGCUUAAGAAGGUGUCUGAGCUGUUUGAGGACAGUCAAAGCAGACUGGAGCAGUGCACUGUGGAGCUGGAUGAGAAGCAGCAGAGGCUGGAGGAAACCAGCAGAGACCUGCAGCAGACAAAAGACAAGCUGAUCCAGGAGGAGUUCAUCUGYUCUGAGCUCACCUCAGUCCACGAGUCUCUUUACAGCACAGCUGGACAGCUCCUGAGCACCGUCGACACCAGUACCAGUGACGUGUCAGGUCUCCAUAACAAGCUGGAGCGGAAGAAAAAGGGUCGCUGGUGGCUGAGGGUGUGGCUCGCUGUCAGGAGAAGGUGCAGCAGCACAAAGCUUUGUGUCCAAAGAACAAAGAGAUUCUGCUGCAGCUGCUGGAGGAGCAUCAGCAGGACAUGGACAGCGUCCUGGCUGUUUGGACUCUGAGGGGUUUAUCAGUUGUUAGAGAGCUUAGUGAUUCGCUCCAAUUUUCUGUGGAGAAGCAGCAAGCUCUGGUCCAAAAGGUGGAGGAGAUGAAAGAGAUUGGAUUGUUUCUCAGUAGUUUGGUUCAGGAGCUGGCUAAUCUGCGUGAGACUCAUGGUCAAGAGGUGAGUGCCCUGCAGGCCAAACA